GGUUUUGGCGGGGAGUCGAAGGAGAGACGAGGAGGACCGCAGACGUGCGGAGAGGCUCCGGUCGAUCACUAAGGGUGGUCCCGAGCCGUGAGUCGAAGGAAUUCGGGUGGUCGUCUGAAGUCAAAUUGAGCUCCAACGGUAGCGUGCGAAGAACUUGGACUUUGAGGUGGAAGAUGGUAACUUUAAAUUCCUUGGAGUUAUCAUAUCAGAGGAUCUGUCCUGGAGCCAGCACGGACCAGCUGCUUGCGCUUAUGCGGGGCGGUUUAGCGAGCACAGCGGUGGACACCCCUGCUGAAAUCUGGAGGAAAACACACAGAGGAUGCAGAGGGGGAUUACAAAGUCGAGGAAAGAGGACCGGGUCGAGACAACAGAGACGUAUGGAGAAGAGGAGUUCAGUGGAUAAUAAAAUGGACGAGUUCACAGCGCUAGCCGGGUGUCAGAGAACAUUUCGGGAGGGCAUUGUUAUGUGUUUCACUGGAACGGAGCUGCAUGAGGACAUACCCGAUCAAAACUUCUCCAUGGACGGCUUCCAGACCAUUCCGGCUGACUGGAAGAGCACUGAGAGCGGUAAGCGUAAAGGAGUUGGGUGCUUACUGUUCUGGUUAACAACAGAUGGUGCAAUCCAGAUCAUAUUACGAUCAAGAAACAUGUUUGUAGACGGGAUAUUGAACUUUUUACUGUUGGACUUUGGCCACAUUCCACCGAUUUUCAACACUUGGCGGCACAGGAUGUCGUUCCUGCCUGUGGCUAUCAAACUUGCAGCUCCUUCCGUGGAGGGUCAGACACCCUGAGCCACUAGACUGGUCCUGGACAUUUUUCCAUCUGGCAUAGUUUGCAUUUUGUUGUUUGAUUGUUUGUGGUUUUUGUAUUGUUAUACUUAUGCUCUAUUCUUGGUUGGUGAGGCUGUAACGAAACCCGAUUUCCCUCGAGAUCAAUAACGUAUUUCUAUCUAUCUAUCUAACUGGUUACAUCACAGCCUGGUAUGGAACCUCUAAUGCCCAGGAAUGGAAAAGUCUACAGAGAGUGGUGGAUAUGGGCCAGCCAAUUUCAUGCAAAUCCCUCCCCACCACUGAGCGCAUUUAUAAGGAGCACGGUCACAAGAAGCAGCAUCCAUCAUCAAGACCACCACCGUCCAGGCCUUGUUCUCCUUCACUGCUACUAUUGGGUAGUAGGUACAGGAGUGCAGAGAGAACAGACAAUCUCCACACAGACAGCAUCUGAGGUCAAAAUAAAGCUGGUCUCUGCUAUUGUGAGGCAAUAGCGUACUGUGAAUUUGAUGAGUAGUUCUUCACAAUUACAACUUGCAUCUUACUAGUCACAGUUAACACACAAAAGGGACUACACUGCUUUUAAUUGACAUCAAACCUGCAGAGGUAUUAUGCACAAGACUAAAAUCUCAGUUAGACACACAGUUUUAAAGCAGCAUUUUAAAGGGAGUGAUGUAGAGAUUUAGGAAAGAAAUUCCAGAGCAUAGGACUAAGGCAAUUAAAGUCUAGCUGCCAAUACAAGUGGUAUAAUUCACAUAAAAUGUGUAAAGGGCCCAUCUUUGUCAACCCGAUCAAUGCAUGAAUGCCUACUGUAUGCUAUGGAAUCAAAACAUCACCAGUUGGCAGUGCUGAAGUACAGAACCAGGCUUUCCACAACCUAACCACAAAUUAAUCAGAGAUAUGCAGUAUAUCUACUUUAUUCUAUCCUGUAUCUGUCUAUUUAAAUAUAGCACAAUAGAAAAUAACUUAAAAAAAAACUCUGGCUAUUCACCAAUAUUGUUGACUGUAUAAUAGAGUUCCUCUAUACAGGUUCCUUGCUGUAGUUUCCACACAAUGUUUUUUUAAAGAAAUUUAGCAUUGUGAUUAUUUCAAUCAGAUGUGACAGCCUGUAAUUUCUUAAAUGAGUCUGUCAAUUUUGAGUUUCUAAUUGGUCUUGUCAAUUUUUAAGGACAAUGAAAGGUAAGAGAACCAAUUCAAACAUGUUGAUUGAAAUGCAGACAUUCCCACAUCUUGCAGAAGGAAUAUUAAGAGAAGUUGGGACAGAUGCCCCCAGGGAACAUGGAGGAAGAAUUUAGCAGUGAUCAAUACAAAUUCAAAUUAAUAAUGUUGAAAAAAAACAAUAUUUUGGAAA